CUUGCCGGACUGCUGGGCAUUGCUCUGAUGCUCGUGGAGUGUGAGAUCGUUGAACGCGGCCAGGAUCUCUCCGCACCUUCCGAGACAUGGGUGCAAGUGCUUAAAAGUUGCGUCUUGGGGUCGACUGUUCUGCUGGACGUGCUGCUGGUGCUGAGAUAUCGCUGCGACGGCCAAGUGAACCAACUGCAGAGCUCAAUCCCCUCGAGACGACACAAGUUUUCACUCUGGAGGCCUGUGUUGCUGGCGCUGGAGCUGGUUGUCUGCAGUUUCCAUGUGCCACCGGGUGUUAGUGGAGAGUUUGAGAUCGUGCAGCUGCAUGGAGCUGCGAGUGCCGAGGACGACUCGGUCUGUGAGUCGCUGCAACAAGGCAUUGAUACUGUUAGGCGCGGUGAUGGAUGCUAUUUGGUGUAUCGGUACCCUGUGGAGGCGCUAGGCGUGUUCAUGGCUGCGAGGCUGUACUUGCUGGCGAGAUUCGUGCGCAGCUCGUCAGCCCUGCACUCGCCCUGGAUCUCGCUUGUGGGAUCGCUGAAUGGAGUGGACGCCAUGAAGCCGUUCUUCCACUUCAAGUCCAUUUUCAAGCUUCAUCCUUUGAAUGUUUUGCUGCCACUCACAGUGCUGAACACGCUGCUGACUGCUGCCAUUGUGCGCGUUCUGGAGCGGCCGGUUCAAGCUGCCUUCGACAGCUAUUGGAAGUCGAUCUGGUUCACCCUCGUGACGCUGGUAAGUGUUCACCUGGUUGUGUGUUUCCUCAGUGAUAUUUACCUCAGGCUAACCGUCUGUGUCUGUGCAGUCUGGAACUGGAUUAGGUGA